AAUUCAUUGACAGACUCAGGAACAGCAGCAGAAGUCCAACCAGCAGCCCAUAUCACAGGCUUCCUGUCCAAGACAUGUUCUUUUCACUGUUGAAGAGCAACAGCACCUUGUAAUCUCAGUGAAUGCCGUGCCUUGUGGGACUAAAUAACAGAAGAUUGAGGAAAUUAUCUUUGAUGGAAUGAGAGAUGUUCUUCAAAACUCCUUGAAAAUACUUAUUUUUGAGAGCACGUGUCCCUAUAUCAACCCAUGCCUUUAAAUGCCUGGGAAGAGAAAGAGGGUUCCAGAGCAAAAGACUCCAGGACGUUUCAACUAAUUGCUUCAGCUGGGGUAUGACUGGCCCAGGGUGGAGGAAGGAGAACACAACAGGCAAUCCAAACGCAUAUCAGUUUCUUCAAAUGCAAUGACUCAGCAGCCACAGGAUGAAUUUGACAGUAGCGUGGAGAAUGCAGAAGCUUGGAUGAAGGCCAUCCAAGAGAGGCUGAGGAUCAAUGACAACACCAAGGGACCUCGAUCUGCCCUAGAAGCCAGACUGAGAGAGACUGAGAAAAUACGUGAGCUGGAGCCAGAAGGCAGCUUGAAAAUGGACUUGAUUCUUGUGAAGGCAGAUGCUGCUCUUCGCAGUGUCAGUGAGGAUAAGAAACAUGAGGUACUUUCUAAACUGAAAGACAUUAAGGCCUUGUGGGAGGAGACAGCCAUAUACAUUACUCACUGCCACAGCCGUAUUGAGUGGGUCUGGCUGCACUGGAGUGAGUACCUGAAAGCCCAAGAUGAGUUUUAUGCAUGGAUUCACAACAUGAGGGUGACCCUGGAGCCUGACAUUGAGUUGCAGCUUGGCGUAAAGGAGAAGCAAUGGCAGCUGAGCCAUGCUCAGGUUCUGCUGAAUGACGUCUUAAAUCAGUCAGUCCUGCUGGAAAGGCUGCUAGAGGAAGCUGCUUCCUUGUUCAACAGAAUAGGUGAUCCCAGCGUUGAUGAAGAUGUUCAGAAGAAGAUGAGGAUGGAAUAUGAAGGAAUCAAGGAAGAAGCUCAGAGCAGAGUGAAACUGCUUGAAAAGAUAACCAAAGAACACGAGCGGUACAGCGCUAACGUCAACCGAUUUCAAUCGUGGCUGAAUGGUGUGACAGAAAGAUUAAACGGCUGCAUUGGAGAAAUAACCAAGUCUUCAGCAGAGGACAAGUUAAAAGCACUACAGGAAAUUGCCAAAAACAUUAGGAAUGGUGGAAAGAAAUGGAAGCAUCUUGAAAGUCAGUGUGCAGAUGUGAUUCAGAAUACCUCCCCGCUGGGAGCUGAGAGAAUGAAGUAUGAGCUUGAAGAGCUGAGAAAAGCCUUGGAGAAGUUGAAACUGCUGUGUAAUGAGGAAGAGGAUAGAUUGCUCAAGAUCCUACAAUCAGAAAGUGCCUAUGAAUCCCAAGCCAGACGAUUAGAAGCAGACGUUCAGGAAUUCAGAAAAGAUCUACAGAAACUAGAAAAUGACUUGGACCCUGGGGUGGGGGAGAAGAGUGAAGAUGAGUGUGUAGCUCUGUGGAGAAAAUGCAACGCAACAAGAGCAUCUCUGGCUGUAGAAGAGUCCAAGGUUGAGAGACUGAAAGCUCAGCUUAAGGAACUGCUACAUUUUUCCCAAGAUGUGCAGCCACAUGCUGAGAGUGUUGUCUCUGCCAUACAGGAGUAUCAAAGUGUUAGAGGGAAGACAUCUAAAAUGAGCGUUGAUACAGAAUGUCAAUUGAGGAGGCUUUUUCAAAAUCCCCUACAAGAUUUUGAACAGUGGAAGCUAUCAGUCAAGAUGCUCCUGGAUGCUCCAGAGCCAGCGCUGGCUCAGAUUGAGGCUGCUCUAGCUGAAAGCUCUCAGUUCAAAGAGAAGUUGAUGACAUUACAACUGAAGAAAGAUUUGUUAAACAAUGUCCUUGGUGAGGAAGAAGCAAAGUCUCUUCUGGUGGAAGUAGCUGAAGCUUCAAAGGAGAGGGAAAUUCUACAUAAAAGUCUGCUGCAACGCAAGCGCAAACUGCAGAAUUUGAUAUUGCAACAUCAGGACUUUGAUGCUGGUUUUGCACCUUUGCAGAAUAAAUUAUCUGCAAUCAAAGCCAAAGUAGAUCUAGAGAAUGAACCGCAGCCUGACCUCUUAGGAAAAAAGACACAACUCCAGAGACUCCAGAUGAUCCAAGAUGAUUUGGCAGAGCUUGCAAUUCAAAUGGAAGAGGUAGAGAAGCUUGUUCAGUCAAAUACCACACACAGGCAUGAAAUGAACCAGCUUUCAUCCGAUUCUCAGGCCCUGAAGAGAUCGCUGGAGGUGAUGAUACAAAAGAGCGAGGAGCACAUUCAGAAGCACUGGACAUUUAAUGACAAACUUUCCGAUCUCCAGCAGUGGAUCACAGUAACCACCGAGAAGCUGGAGUCCUACCAGUGUGCUGAUGGGGAGAGGAGCACUGAGGGCAGGGUGGCGGACCUUGAGAGAUUGCUAGCUGAGUUUCCAGAUAAGGAGAUCCAUCUUCACCUUGUGGAAGCUCAUGGCCAGCUGGUCAUGGAGAAUUCUUCCCCAGAGGAGACUGCCCAUGUCCAGGCAGAGCUAGAUCAAUUGAAGGAGUCCUGGAGAUCACUCAAAGAGAUGGCAACCAGCCUUCUCAAAAGGUGGCAGUUAAAUAGACCAUUGGCUGGUGAAAAGAAGAAAACAGACUCUGUGGACAGCAGACAAAUAUCUGGACCGGCCUUCCGUCCUUUAGGUGUAGAUCUCAGUCAUAAGCAGGAGAGGAGAGGAGAGCGGCAAAAUAAAAGCAGCCACCUUAAGCUCCUACAUGACUUUGAAGAGUGGUUACAAGGAGAAAACACCAAACUGACCAAAAUUCUUGCUCUGGAGUCAUCUUCUGUGGAGGAAAUUAAGGCACGACACAGCAAGCUGGAGGAGCUCCAGUCUAAUGUUCCUGAUGGUCAGCGUCUCUUUGAAGACCUCCUUCAUCUUCAUCCUGUCACUGGAAACACUGAAGAUCUGGAGGACUUGCGUUACCGAUGGAUGCUCUACAAAUCUAAACUGAGAGAGUCCCUGAGUUUGCCGAUUCCUAGCUCUUUGGAAGGACCAGACAGAUUCAGAAAGAAGCGCUCUGGAGGUGUAUGUGCUUACCUGCGCCGAGUGUGCUGGGCAGCACUGCCAUUGCAACUACUCCUCUUGCUCCUCCUGCUCCUGGCCUUUCUCCUCCCCGUGGUAGAAGAGACCCACAGCUGCAAGCUGGCCAACAACUUUGCUCGGUCCUUCAACCUGAUGCUGAGAUACGAGGGCCCACCUCCAACCUAACUUCUCGGCAUGGCAAGAGGUGACGGUCUCAGAAGUAGGCUGGUUCUCUCUUGGUUUUUAAUUGCAAGUAUUGUAGAUUUUAGGGCUUUUAAUAAGGCCGUCAUAUUAACUGGAUUUGCCACAUAAAUGCAGCAUAAUACUAGUCCACAUUAAUCAGGUAUAUGAGCAAUUUUAAUAUUUUUACAAUA